AUGGCAACCCAAGGUCCCCAGGCCCUUCCCCCAGUCACAGUGCAAAGCACACGGGCCAUCACCCAGUCCGCCGCGCAAGAAUUCCUAGCCGCCUACCUGGACCGCGCCGCGACAGACCCAUCUUUGCAACCCAACGCCAGCAUCAGCGAGCAUGGCCCGGUCUCACGGACGACCGCCGCAGCGCCGAACCUGAUCCUGCACAACCUGAAGCGCGUGCAAGCGGGCCUAGCCGGCGAGCUCCUCGGUCGCGAUCUGACUGUCGCGAAGCAGAACCCCGGAGAAGAGUAUUUGGAUGUUGCUGCGGGUAUUCCGCAGACCAACAACCAUGAUCAACUGGAUGACAGCAACGAUCUUAUCAUGAAUGACGCUGAGUUUGGCCUUGAGGCUGAGGCUUUUGCGGAUCAGGAGGCCGGUAUUGAUAAGGAGGAGCGCAAGCGGAAGAAGAAGGAGAGACGGUUGGCGGAGAAGAAGAGUAAGGCCAAGGCGAAGGCUGAGGAAUCCGAUUGA